AUGGAUAAACCGUUCAGCACUCUGUCCGCCAUGGCUAUCGGUGCCACGACAACAAACAGCGCCGUCGGCAUCUACCUCACCUUUUCCACUACAAUUGCGUACGGCGGCACCAUGUUGCUAUUCUACGGCUUCAUUGGCAUGGCUUUGGUUGGCUUGGCUACGGCCGUCAGCCUCGCUGAGUUGACAGCUGGUUGCCCGGAUGCUGGUGGCCAGUAUGUAUGGGUGGCCCGCCUGGCUUCGCCCAAACAUCGUCGUUUCUUGUCUUACAUCACCGCUCUCUUCAGUUGGGCCGGAGCUGUCUGUGUUGGAGGUUCCACCUGCCUCAUCUCGCCUCUUAUGAUCUUUGAGAUGGUUACCUUCUUUAAUCCCGACUUUCAAUACGACCCUUGGAUGGCAUUCCUAGCAUAUCAGGCAGUCAACUUAUCGACGCUCAUCCCCACCUUAUUUCAGCACUUCUUGCCAAAGUUUAGCAAGGGACUCUUAAUGUGGACCUUGGCUCUCCUCUUGUCGGUCAUUGUCGGCCUUUUCGCUGCCUCUGAUGACAGGCGUAGUGCCGAAGACUUCUUUACCCAUUUCCACAAUACCUCUGGCUGGUCAAACGGAGUCACUGUGCUCGUCGGUCUCAACAGCUUGAAUUGGUGCUUUUCUUGUUUGGACUCGAUUGUGCAUCUGUCUGAAGAGAUUCCGCGUCCGCAGGAGAACAUACCUCGUGCAUUGAUGUGGUCUAUCGUCGUUGGCUUCUCAACUGGCUUAUUGACCAUUUUUGCCUUUAUGUUUAACAGUACCGACUACGACACGCAAUAUUCUGCUGUUACUAUCAUAUAUUACGCCUUUAGCAAAAGCAAGACUGCAGCUGUUGCCUUUCAGUCAUUAUUCUUCAUCUCAACCAUUGGGGCACAGUUUGGAAUCCACGUCUGGCAGUCACGCUUGGCCUGGACCAUUGCCAUCAACAAAGGGAUCCCCUUUCACUCCCAUCUCAUAAAAGUGGCUGGGUCACCUUUCAACACCCCCAUCUGGGCCUUGUGCUUCUCCGCCGUUUGGACCAGCAUUCUGGGAUGCCUAUACCUGGCCUCUACCAGCGCCUUCAACUCCUUCACGGCUACUGGCAUCCUCUUUCAGUACGCCAGUUACGUCAUCCCUGUCGUUCUUCUGAACAUCCGCGGCCGAUCCAAGUUCCAACAUGGCAAAUUCUGGUUCCCGUGGUUAGGCCUGGUCGCCAAUGUGGUUCUGUGUUGCUGGUUUGUAGUAGCACUCAUCUUUUACUCAUUUCCGUACAGUCACCCACUGGUGCUGUCGCAAAUGAAUUACGUUCCUGUCGUCAUCGGUUGUAUUCUCAUCAUUGUGUUGGCAUGCUGGUUUUCGUACGGUCGGAAACACUUCACAUUUCCCGAGCUGGAGGAGAUGCAGGAAGGAGAACACGCGAGCUUUCCACCUCGAACCACCAUUGAGCGCGAGGCAGUCGUUCACUCGGGAACAGCAUCGUGA